UCAGUCCGCUCCGAUCCACGCUUUGGGAUUUAGCGGAUUUUUCUGUCAAAAGGUCAACGUGGGAUAAGAAGAUGCCAUUUCCCGACGUCCUCCUUGAGUUUUUAGCGGCAAUCGAACAAGUUGAGUGCGGUAAUUACGCGCUGGUUACUUCGUCGUUGGAGGAGAAACUUUUAUUUGGAUUUUAUCAGGAACAGUGAUUUGGGAAUUGGAAAAUAUCGACUUCGAAUAUUUUAGCUGAAACGGAUUAAUCGUGUCAAAACAAAACGAUUUUCUCCCUUUUUUUUUUUUUUUUUUAUCUUUUGACAGUUUUUCGUGCGUACUUUGUCGUGCCACGUUAUCCAAAGAUAAACACUUUUACGCGUAAGGAGAGGAUGCUAACUUCUAACCACGAGGGCACUUUUCUUAUUUUUGUAAUGUUUAAAUGAACAAAAGAAAGCAAUGAUGAUUUCGGAGGAGAGAAGCAGUCCCGUGAAUAAUAAACAAAGUCUGAACCUCUCCGUGGGUUUGCUCAUCCGCUCCCCAAAGAGACGCCUCGCCAAACUGGGACGAAAACCCAGCAAUGGUUCCAUGCAAUCCACCCAGUCUGACAGCACCGUUCGCUCCUCGGAGAGCGUGGGGGUCCGGCAGCCCGCCAAAAGCAAAAUCCGUCGCCAUAACAACCGCCUCUCCAGCGUCUUCGGCCACAGCCCAAACCUGCGGGACUCCAGGGCAGCUCGCCGGGGCAACCUGACGGACAGUGGCAGCCUCGGCGGGGACCUGCACGCCAACGACGACCCCUCCGAACUGUCCCAUCAGAAAUCGGCGCCGGGGAUUUUGAAGAUUUUUGGCAGCGACAUUUGUCAAGGGACCAACUACAAAAGUGUGCUGGCCACGAUUCAGUCAGAGGCGAAGGAGCUCGUGAAAGAGGCACUGGAGAGGUACUGUCUGGAGAAGGAGGAGCCCGGGGACUACGUGCUGUGUGACGUGAUUGGCCGGACCGUGGAGAACCACUGGAAGAGGGAGUGUUUCCGUGUGGUUGGCGACGCGGAGAAGCCCCUCCUCCUGCAGUCGCUAUGGAAACCCAAAGAUGGCUUCUCCAGGCGCUUUGAGAUCCAGCGCAGAGCCAGUGUGGAGGAGCAGAGCCUGAAGAACAGAGACACAGUGACCGCAGGUCUAAAUGCACAGGUCCGUAAGCUGCAGAAGACCAGGUCGCGCGUGGCCUCUCUGUUCGUGGAUGGGAGCGGAGAAGGUGUAGACGGACUGGGUUUGUGGAGGAGUCUCAGCGACAUGGACGUGUCGACCAUGGGGAAAGAGGCGCUCCGAGCUCAACAGAGCCAAAACCAGAACCAGAACCAGCUCAGGGAGGAGCAGGAGGCGGAGGUCGACAAAGAGGAGCUGAGGCUGGGGCAGGAGAAGGAGGAGACGGAGAGCAGCGACGAUAACACCACACAAUACUCCAUCCACCCGCCAUUUGACUUCCCCUAUUUUCUACUACUGCAGGGAUACAACCACAGACAGGAUUUCGUGAUCUACCUGAUGAGCGGGACCACCACGAUAUUCGGCUGCUGUCAGGAGCACAGUAACGGGGAGGACGAAGAGCGCCUCAAAGUGGACAUUCUGUUAUUCGCGCCAGAUGUUUUACCACAACAUUGCUGCGUGCGCCGUCUGGAUUGUACCAACUCCACCUCCGCUACGGGGGAGUCCAAAAAAUCCACCACCACCAUGCUUAAACCUUUGCACGGAGCCCCCGUCACUCGAAAUGGGUUCCUUCUCAAAGACGAGGUCGAGUUAAGUCCUGGAGAUCUCGUCGGAUUGGGAAAGCACUAUUUGUUUAUGUUUAAAGACCCAACUAGUUCUUCCACAUCGCCACAAACUCCUCCAUGGAUGACGAAACUAUGUCCCAACUCCGACCCCAAAACAUCUUGCUUUUCUUGCGAUUCUCCACAAAAACUGACAAGCAAAUUUUUCGCACCAUGCUGGAGAGAUUUGGAAGGGAGAGAAGCAGCGGUUAGCUACGAUUUAAACCAGGAAGAAGAAAUUUUAGAAAAGAUUUUGACAAUGUUGGACCCCAGUGGAAGUGAACCAAAAUUAACCCCGGCAUUCCUGCUGAGUUUGUGCAUCCAGCAUUCUGCGAGCACGUUUGAGCUCGCACAUUUGAGACAACUGCUGCUUCGGAUAGCCAGUCAAAUCCAGCAGAUUAUGUGGGACAAGACAAAGGAGCUCGCAGCGAUACAACCAGAAACAGACGGUGGAGCAGAGCCGGAGCUGAGCACAGAGAGUCUGAUCCCAGGCUUGCGCCCCCUAGUGCUGUGGAUGGCCAACUCCAUAGAGCUGCUUCACUUUAUCCAACACGAGGUCCCACAGCUGCUGCCAUAUAAACAAGACCAGGAAGACCAAGCUCUCCUGGAUUCUGAGUUGUCGUCCACGCGUACAGCCUGUGAGGAGGCCAUGACGGUGCUGGAGGAGGUCAUCAUGUUCACCUUUCAACAGUCGGUCUACUACAUCACAAAGAGCAUGUACUCGGCGCUGCCCGGGCUGCUGGAGGGGAACCCGUUCUCGGACACAGGGCAGCUGAAGGUCCCAGAGGGGCUGGGUCAUGUCCUGGACGUCCUGAAGGAGGCGCUAAAGCUGCUCACCGCCUUCCAGGUCCACCCCGACAUCUCACUCCAGCUCUGCGCCUACCUCUUCUUCUUCAUUAACGCUUCACUCUUCAACGCUUUAAUGGAGAGAGGCUCGGUGGUUGGAUUUUACCAGUGGUCUCGCGGGGUUCAGAUAAGAGCGAACCUGGACCUCCUCAUGGACUUCACGCAGAGCAUCGGUUUGAGUGACGUCGCUGCUGAAUUCUUCCAAAAGCUGUCAGCGGCUGUGAAUCUGCUGGCCACGCCCAAAGAGACCCUCCUGCAGGCGUCAUGGUCCAGUCUGAGGGCGGAGUUUGCCGCUCUGAACCCGGCCCAGCUCCACCACAUGCUCCGGGAGUACAGCUCCACGCGCACCGGCCCCCCCUGCUGGAGCCCUGCCGGGGAGGACAGGGGCGCCGCGCACAGGACAGCUGACAUCUUGGAGAGUUUUGAUAAUCACCCUCCGCUGAUCCUGCCCAGCGCCACCUUUAACCUGGAGCUGGGGAAGCCCAUCGUGGACCAGGGCCUGUUCGAGCAGCUCACAGUCCUGCAGAGAUUUAUCCAACAACUGGCUGAAAAAGACACAACCAAAACAGAAGAGGGCCAGCAGACACUCCCCGACAGCCAGUCUCUACCCCAGGCCUGUUCGGGGGCACCUCCAGAUCCAGACCAGGACUGCCCCCCUGCGGAGCCCAUCCACCCCCGAGGCCCUCACUCCGACCUGGGCAGCUGUGAGGCCGAGCUGACCCAUAAACUCAAGAGUCUGGAGAUACAGAGCUCCCUCCCAGGACCGGACGACCGGGGGUCCCACAAGAGCCUGGCUUUGGACCCCUCGUGUUUGCUGACGCCUCCAAACACGCCACAGGGCAUGGAGCUGAACGAGCUGGAGAGUGACCUGAGGGAGGGGGCCAGUCUGCAGAGGAAAGCGAAUGAAAGUGGCGAGCGGCGGUUGGAGGAGGAGGAGGUAGAGAGUGAGGAGGUGUUCACGGUGGAGCUACAGAAAGGACCUCAGGGUUUGGGACUGGCCCUCGUGGACGGGACGAAAACUCCUCUUCAGAUGAGUGGGAUCUAUGUGAAGUCUGUGGUCCCAGAGUCUCCGGCCGCUCGGUGUCUCAAACUGAAGGUCGGGGACAGGAUCCUGGCUGUGAACGGCAUCAGCCUCGUGGGGAUGGAGUACAGCAUUGGGAAAGAGCUGAUCCGAUCGUCAGGAGACAUUCUCAAACUGCUGGUGGCCAAAAUCGACCCUAAAAUUGUCAACAAAACCACAAUCACCACCAAAUGCUGAGAAGAGACGAGAUGUGUUUUUGAAUGCGUCUGGGAGAAGAUUACAAAACAUUUAAACUUACUUUUUAUCGGAUUUCCAAAGCCAGUAUUGUACCAGUUUUAUUUCCAACCAAAGACCAGUGGGCAACCUGUUUAUUUUUUUCUAUUUUUUGUUAUUGUUUAGCAAGACAAUCGACCUACGCUGUGCAACUCCCGACUCAUGUCUAAGGACCAAAAAGAGACAUUUGUGGCAUUUUGGUCAAGACCAGUUUAUACGAGUGACUUAUUUUGCAAAAGCAGGUUUUUUAGAGCUAUAAACAACAUCAGGCCUGGCUCCAAGAUCAUAAAUUGUGGUGAGAAGAAUGGCGGUUGCGAUGCUGAAAUGACUAUUUGUAAAUUUGAUGCUUUCUACCAAAAAAGGUUCAGUAUUUUUACCUCAAGACAACGCAGAGGAAAGGAAACUAUUCAAGAGAGUUUUGGAAUACACUACCAGUCAAAAGUUUGGACACACCCUCUCAUUCAAUGUUUUUUUUUUCUUUUUAUUUACUACUUUCUACGUUUUAGGCACACACAGAAGACAGCAAUACAUGAUGUAAGGUGUAUGGAAUUAUGUAGCAGAUAAAAGAGAGUUAAAUAUCUCAAAAUUAAAUAAAUAUGUUUAAUGUUUUCUAUUCAAAUCCUCAAAGUAUCCAUGCUUUGCUUUGUUGAGAAUGCUCUAAACCCUUGGCCAAGUGUCUCCUGAAAUGGUUUUCACCUCACAUCUGUGCCUUGUCAAGGUCAACAAACGCCAAAUACGCAAACCAGGGUAUUUAUUUUUUAAUCUAAACACAUUUUGAGUUAUUCUGAGUUUAUUUUUUGUUUGCUACAUUCCGUGUGAGUUCAUUCAUAGUUUGAUGUCUUCAGAGAAAAUCUACAACGCAAAUAAUCGUGGAAAUAAAGAAGAAAAAGUGUGUCCAAACAUUAGACAGUAUAAACAAGUGGACUAAGGGAGUGUGACAUUAUCGUUCGAAGCUCAUGAGGCUAGCAGUUGCAGGAGCGAAUUUGGAGUCGAGUUCCAUAUUAGGAAUAGGAACUGAUUUAAAAACACCAGAAUCAUGUAGGGCAGGUUAAUACGAACAUUUUAAGACCAAAAUGAGGAGCCUGACAGCAGCGGUUACAGAGAGAGUGGGGACUGCUUUUUCAAUACAAAAUGAAUUGAGCCAGAGUCGAUGGAGCCGGAAGCACCCCCCCCAUGCUCACUUCCUAGUUUGAACGCACCAUUUAUCAUUUAUGUAGUCCAAACUUUUGACUGGUUGUGUAAGUGAAAUUUGACACGACAAAAGUAUGUUUGUGUAACCAAGUCAUAUUGUCAAAGAACAUCUCAUUUUAGCACAGUUUUGAACACAUUAUAUUGUCAAUGUUAUCAAUGUUUUUUUUUGUGUACAUUUUAUUUCUAUGUGUCAUUUAAAUGUGCACUGUGGCGUCUCCAUGGAGAUGCUGUUUCUUUGCCUGGAAUGUUCCACAGUAUGGUAUUAAAUGCAUUAUCUAUCUAUCAAACAUUUAUUUCAGUAUGAGUCCUUUUAUUUCUCAAAAAUGCCUUGCAAACAACUUACAGUGAGCGUGGUCGCCUCUCCACAGAUAUCUUGUGUCCAUGGAGAUAGAUAUGUUUUGUGGCAUAGUGUGGAACAUUCCUGGCAAAGAAUCUUCACGGAGAAGCUGGUGGAAACCUCUCCACCAGAAAAGUUACACAGUGCACCUUUAAAAACCAGCAAUCUCUAAUGUUUUUCAAUUCAAAACCAAUGUACUUUUUUCCUUUUACUGGAAGAUAAAUUUAUAGCAACAAAAGUACCUUGACCAUCUGCCUUUUGGUUCAGUUUAACUUGCUCUAUAAAAUAUUUCUGUCAUUAUUUAUUUAGAUUAAGAAAAUGUGUUUAUGCAUGGAUGGUCUGUGUACAUAAAAGUUCAAUCCAUUUUUGUUUGUCUCGUAUUACACUGUAACUGUACCCGAAUUAUUUUGACCAGGAUGACUGAAAAACUCCAGACUGGUGCUGUUGAAAAAGGCAAUACACCUGGACGAGAAGACUGGAGUUUUGACGCUUUGUACCAAAACUGAAAAAUUCACAACCAAACUAAUAAUUAUUUGUGUAUGCGUUUUAAAGUCCUAUACGCCAAAGUAAGAGUUCAAGAGUUCAAGAGUUCAAACUACCGUAGCACUAGCCACUAGCCAACAGUUUAACAUGUGAAUUUCUGUUAUAUGGCUGUACAUUCAAUUCUGAUGCAAAAAGUAUUCUGUUUGUAAUAUUUAUAUCUGUCAGUAUUUUGGAAAAUAAAAAUAUGGACUUGUUUUAAACAGA